AUGACAGGGAAAAGGAGAAAGAUAGAUGAUGCGCCCAAAAUUGAAGGAAGUUCGUCCAAAAUUGAAGGAAGUUCGUUUAAAGUUGGUGUAACUCGUAUCAAGUUAGCUCUUGAUAUAAUUGUUGAUCAUUUAGAUGCUGAAAACUACAAUUUCUUUCCUAAAGGAUUGAUCGAUAUUCCUAAGUUUAAUGAAGAUACAUUGGGUAUAGAGGUAGAGUCGUUAGAUGAUGAACCAAACGAAGAUUUUAGGUACAAUAUUGCCAGGGCGCUAUUUCAUUUUCAUAUGUUUAUUGGAAGUAAUUCAGUUGUGAAGCAAAAGCACACCGAUUCUUCAUCCCAUGAACUUAAAGUACUGCUGAAGGAAGACAUUUUCAUAGAAAUCAAGUGUUUAUUAAGAGAGAUUGUAUCUAUCCAUCCAAAAAUACCAAAAGACAUGACAAAGCAGAAAUUUUCUGAUUUUGUUAUAAAUUGUUUUGACUGUUCAAUCGCAUUCACAAUGCCACUUACAUUUAUAUUGGAUCGAAGUAUAAGUACAGAUGCAGAAAAUGUUAGUCAAGUUUCUCAGGAAGGUCGUGAACUAGUAAAAUCAUCUCAAGCAGACCUGCCGGUUUCAACUAAAUUGGUUGAGACAAGAGCACAUUUUAAGGAGUACCGCAUGCUAAACGCGGAAAGCACUAUAGAUACGAAACUAAAAGAAAAGCUCAAUAGUGCAAACUUAUUUGAAAAGGGUAUAAAACGUUUACAAUUGGCGAAGUUUGAUGCUAACGAGACUCUAGGUAACGAAAGACAUGUAUCCAUCUUGUUAGUUCUAGCGGUCUUGAACCCAGUAUGUGAAGCCAGUGAGUAUACUAUUAGACUACUUCCCGAAAACACGGCAUCGAAUUCAAUAUGUGACUAUAUAUUGAAGAUUGAAAAAGAUGGUAAUCUCCGUGUCCCUAUAGAGAUAAAAUUUAAAACCAUUCUUGAAGUAUAUAAAAAUAAGCAAAGUAAAGAGUUUCAGCAGCUCAUGAACCAGUGUUUAUACCAGAUGUAUAGUUCCCAUUGUAACAUUGGUUUUAUUCUUGAUGGUGAAGCUAUGCUUGUCAUUAGGUUGAAAGCAAAAAAGGUCAAUAUACGGACCGAUUCGUCCUUUAGUGUGGGUGUUGCCGAUAUCCAUUGUUUCGUGAACUGUUACAAAUAUGUCGAUCAUAAUCCAGCUGCAAUUUUAUACGUUUACCUCCAUGAUUACUUGAGAAAGGUACGGAAAGGAGACCCCGCUAAAAUUAAACAAAUAUAUGACUCUUUGAAAAUUACACCAGAAGAUGAUGAGAAUGAAACCAAUGCCAAAUAUGAAUUUGUAAAGCAGCAAUGGGAUAACAAAUUUCGAAAUUCGAAUCAAGAUGGUAGUUCAAUCGCUAACAAUGAGAUUAUGCUGAAGAUUCCAGCUUUAUUACGUGACGAGGUAACGUAUCUUGAGGAUCAAAGACUAAAUCAAAAUGAUUUUCUGACUAUUAAGGUACUUCAGGGUUCUGGAAGAGGAAAGGAGCUGUUAUCUCAAGUUUUCGAGUUGGUUUAUAAGGCGAAUAAAAGGAGAAUGGUACUAAAGAUUUACGACGUCAUGCGUGCACCACUACGUAAUGGGUACAAUAAAGUUGAGAAUUUCAAAAGUGCCUAUAAAUUGUGUACAACUAUGUUCCUCACAGAACUAAAGGCCUACAGAAGCCUUCGAGAGGUAAAUGGCCUUGGGGUAAAUAUUUCACCGCCGCCCACUAGAGAAAAGGAUGAGUCUAAUCAACUGGCCGUUGAUCAUCUGUUUGAUGCUAGUAGCCAGCCAACCCAACUGGCCGGUGGUCAUCUGUUUGAUGCUAGUAGCCAGCCAACCCAACUGGCCGGUGGUCAUCUGUUUGAUGCUAGUAGCCAGCCAACCCAACUGGCCGGUGGUCAUCUGUUUGAUGCUAGUAGCCAGCCAACCCAACUGGCCGGUGGUCAUCUGUUUGAUGCUAGUAGCCAGCCAACCCAACUGGCCGUUGAUCAUCUGUUUGAUGCUAGUAGCCAGCCAACCCAACUGGCCGGUGGUCAUCUGUUUGAUGCUAGUAGCCAGCCAACCCAACUGGCCGGUGGUCAUCUGUUUGAUGCUAGUAGCCAGCCAACCCAACCACCGCUCGUGCAUUAUACGCCAUAUCUUUAUCAGUCAGGAUACACUGAAUGGAUAUAUGAUGAUAAAAGCUAUAAGGGAUAUUAUCUAUUAUUAGAAUUGAUACAACAAAGCGGAGAACAUAUUCCAGAGGAAGAAUUCCAAAGGUUAGCGAAGGAGGCCCUUAUGUCCAUACACAGGAAAGGGUUCUUGCAUGGUGAUAUCCAUAUUGGGAAUUUCCAAUAUGAUCCAAAACGAGGUCGGGUAAUAUUUUAUGACUUUGGACUUUCAAAAUUCAAGUCACAAGUAAGAGAUACAAGAAAACUAUUAAACCCGACGGAACAGGAUAAAGAGGAAGAAUUAAGAAAACUACGCGAAGUUAUACAUGAAUAUUAUAUAGAGUUAGGCACCGGGAUGUAA